CCUGUUGCUCUGAGGACAAGUUCACCUGGUGCACCUACGUAGUGAGUCAUUGGCACUCAGAGACAGAGGAAUGGCUCAGCGGCACUAUGAGGAGAAAGAUCACACAGCUUCUUACCUGAAGUACAGAGUGGUACCUCGUGAGAUGAUCGCCAAGGUCGUGGGCUACACAGAGUCAAAGACAGCAAAACCAUUCAACCUUGCAGUGGACGUGGGCUGCGGCUCCGGGCAAGGGACAAUCCUAUUGGCUCCAUAUUUCACCCAGAUAGUUGGGACAGACAUUAGCCCCGCUCAGCUGGAGAUGGCCCUGGCCAAUAGCAACCCUCCAAAUGUUACAUACAGAGAGUGUCCAGCGGAGGAGCUGCCCUUUGCGGCCGGCGAGGUGGACCUUGUGACGGCCAUGACGGCGGCCCACUGGUUUGAUCGUGCCCGGUUCCUGCUGGAGGCCGACAGGGUGCUGAGGCCUGGUGGCUGCCUUGCCCUCUGCAGCUACACCUUAGACAUGGAGCUGGAGCACGGAGAUGUGUCCAGCACACUCAAUGACAUCUGUAAAGAGUUUUAUGCGGCCCUGCUCCCCUUCCGUAAUCAAUAUUUAGGAGCCAGCUCUGUAAAGAUCUACAAAGACAUGUUUGACUCCUGCCCUUACCCUGACAAGGAGUGGAAUGAGUGUUUUCGAAUUAAAAGACUUGUGCCGCUAAAUGACUACAUUGGAAUGGUGGAGACUUUCUCAAGCUACCAGAAACUGCAGAAGAAGGACCCCGCUGGUGCUGAAAGGCUCUCCAAUGACAUCAGAAACAAGCUGCUAUCUGCCAUGGGGGUGUCUUCGCCCGACACGGAGGUUGUGAUGGUUGUGAAGUAUUUCUAUUGGCUGGCAUGCAAACCGUGACAUUUUCUGCAUGGCUGCUGUUAUACAUCCUAAAGUGUUUCAUCAACAGUAGGAAACAAACUGAAGUAGACCCUCAAUCCAUUUUAGAUCCCAAUUAAUAGACUUUAAAAGAAUUCUGCAUCAUAUUGGAUAUUUCUGUUUGCAUUAUGUCAGUAUUAAACUAUGACUGCCAUGAAACUCCUGUAAAAUUAGCUCUCUGGCUUACUGUGGGUAACUAUGCAAUAGCAACUAUGUAAUUUAUUGAAUGAUUUUUAUUGAUUUAUUCAAGGCCUUUGAUACUGUCAAGUUCAUUAGGUUUGAUGAAAGUCUAGUUAUUGUGGCCAGGGCCAUCCAAUAGGGCCAGUCCAGCUUUUUAGGCAUUAAUAAAGGUGUGCC